AUGUUGAAAAUCGACAAUAUCAAUCCAAAUCGCCAGUGUGAAUUUGCUAUCAACCUUCAGCUUCUUGACAAUUUUGACAGCAUCUUUAUCAUUUUAUCUUUCUCAAUCAUGUACCGUGUCUUGGGUAUUGCAGGCUUUGCCAUGGCCCUGGUUAGAGCUGCGAGUGCUGGCUUCAACCCUGGCUCUUCCUCCAACAUUGCAGUAUAUUGGGGGCAGAAUUCGUAUAACCAGGGCAGUGGCCCAUACGCGCAGCAGAAUCUUGCCACAUAUUGCUCCAACACUGAAAUCAAUAUCAUCCCCCUUGCAUUCAUGGACGGCAUUACUCCAGCAAUUACAAACUUCGCCAACGCUGGAAACAACUGCACCACCUUCAGUGACAAUCCUAACCUCUUGAACUGUCCCCAGAUUGCGAAUGAUAUAAUAACAUGCCAGAAGACUUACGGUAAAACAAUUCUCCUGUCUCUUGGAGGCGCUACCUAUACGCAGGGAGGAUGGUCUUCGACUACCGCCGCUCAAAAUGCGGCACAGUCCGUGUGGAAUAUGUUCGGCCCAGUCCCCAGCGUCCAAAGUGACCGUCCUUUUGGAAAUGCCGUUGUUGAUGGCUUUGAUUUUGAUUUUGAGUCGACCACGAACAAUCUCCCGGCAUUUGGUGCUGAGCUUCGCAGCUUGAUGAACGCCGCAACCGACAAGAAGUAUUACCUGUCCGCUGCGCCCCAGUGUCCUUUCCCUGAUGCUGCUGGUGGCACCACACUUGAUAGUGUUGCUUUUGAUCUUGUUAUGGUGCAAUUCUAUAACAACUGGUGUGAAACAUCAAACUUCCAGGUUGGAUCAAGCACUCAGUCUUCGUUCAAUUUCGCAACGUGGGAUAAUUGGGCCAAGGGCAGCCUGAACCCCAAUGUGAAAGUCUUCCUCGGCAUUCCCGCAAAUACCGGUGCCGCCGGCGCAGGCUAUACCAGUGGUACUCAGCUUCAGGCCGCUAUUGCUUACUGUAAGCAGUAUAGUAGUUUCGGAGGGGUCAUGAUGUGGGAUAUGUCACAGCUUUAUGCGAAUAGCGGCUUCCUCGACCAGGUUGUUAGUGAUCUUGCGGUAUCUGUCACUCCUAUAACAUCCACAACAACCACGUCUAAACCAACCACAUCACCAGGAACAACACUCACCAAAACAACUUCGACCACUAGUUCUAGCUCACCAAGUGGAAGCCUUGUUUCUCAGUGGGGUCAGUGCGGCGGCCAGGGAUAUACCGGUCCGACCCAGUGUUCCCCUCCGUACACAUGCGUCUCCGGUAGUCAGUGGUGGUCUUCUUGCGCCUAG